UAUUCCGCAGUAUUGCCCCCGCCAAUUUGCAAUUUCAAAUCCCGAGUCCACCUGUGUAUGGUGUAAGUUGCUAGAAGUAUCCACUAACAUGUUGCAUGUCAGGUGAGACGGAAGAAGAGUUCUCGACAAGGUUGGCCAAUAAUUUGGAAAAUAUUAUAUUCAAAGAGGGACCUGAAACUGUAGCUGCUUUUAUUGCCGAACCUGUCAUUGGGGGAGGAGGUGUCAUACCUCCUCCAGCAAGCUAUUUUGAUAAGAUCCAAGUUGUUCUCAAGAAGUAUGACAUUCUACUUAUUGCGGAUGAGGUCAUAUGUGGAUUUGGAAGGCUUGGGACAAUGUUUGGCUGUGAUAAGUACAACAUCAAACCUGAUCUUGUCUCUUUAGCAAAGGCACUUUCAUCUGGAUAUAUACCAAUUGGUGCUGUCCUUGUAAGCCCUGAAGUUUCUGAUGUUAUACAUUCUGAAAGCAAUAAAAUUGGUUCUUUUCCCCAUGGAUUUACGUAUUCUGGGCAUCCAGUCGCGUGUGCGGUUGCCUUGGAAGCACUGAAGAUCUACAAGGAAAGAAAUAUUAUUGAGAUAGUGAACAAAAUAUCACCAAAGUUCCAAGAAGGUCUGAAAGCAUUUUCCGACAGUCCCAUAAUCGGGGAGAUAAGGGGAAUUGGUUUGGUACUUUCUACAGAGUUUGUAGAUAACAAAUCUCCUAAUGAUCCCUUUCCUCCUGAAUGGGGUGUUGGUCCAUAUUUUGGAGCACAGUGUGAGAAGUACGGGAUGUUGGUAAGUUGUGUUGGCGAUUACAUAAAUAUGGCUCCUCCAUUUACUUUGAGUCUUGACGAACUUGACGAGUUGAUAAGCAUAUAUGGGAAAGCACUGAAGGAUACCGAAAAGAGAGUGGAAGAACUGAAGUCCCAAAAGAAGGAAAUGAUGAUGGCAAAAGCAUGAAAACAACAGAAGAACAAAAGAGGAACAAAAAAAAUUCUAAGUCCCCAGACUCUGUUAGCUACUCUUAGAUGUCUAAUUUAGAUCAAAAUAUUAACUAGGCCAGAAUCCGAAACUAACUGGGAUCCGUUAUAUGAAUCCUCUAUAUUUAUUCGGAGGAUUUAUCAUAGUUAGACUUGUUUUAUUCUGGUCGUCUACAUCGACUUGUUAGUAAACUUUGUGCUUUAAACUGCUUAAGCUUUGCUAAAUAAAUUCAAAAAAAUUUCCAUUUUCAA